AUUGUGCAGCAUUUCAAAUUGGUUUGCAGAAUGCGUGACGUACAGGAGGAAGGAAAGAAAAAUUUGUGGAUAUCUUUAUUGGAUGAAGUUCAAUCUAAUAGACGCAAUGCUUACGGGACAAUUGAAUCACCGGAUAAACCACAAUUAAUUAUUUUUGGCAAUGAUACUAUUGAUAAAAAACGUAUUGUUGAAUGUUUCAAUUCAAAUAAACCAAUUCAAUGUGGAAUUGGUUUAGAUUAUCAAUUUUUAAGUCUUCAUGAAGAUGGUAGAGAAGAAUCUCUACAUAUGGGUGUAUGGAGUUUAGAUGGGGAUCCACAACAAAGUAAUAACCUAUUGAAAUUCGCCUUAAACAAAUCUAAUCUAUGGCAUACAAUGGGCAUAAUAUGCAUUGAUUCCACUGAACCAUGGUCAUUAAUUAAUGAUUUAGAAUUAUGGUUACAAAUUAUUGAACAACAUAUGAAUUAUUUAAAAAUUGAUUCCGAAGAAAUGGAAAAUUUAAAAUCUAGUAUUGUUUACAGUUUUAAAAUGUUCACUGAUCCAACAACAACAACUGCAGCAAAAGAUGAAACCACUAAACAACCUCUUGGUUUACGUCAUCAACUAAGUCUACAAUCACAACCGAUUACAAAAGAUCAAUUUGAAAAUACCAAAUGGUCAUAUAGUCCACUACAUCCAAGACCAAUUGAUCGUAAUGACAUUUGUACUGGCACGACAACAACAAUUCAAACAUCAUCACCAUACACACCGAAAACACAACAACAGCAACAAACUGAUGAUGAACGCAUUGUUGAACAUGAUGAUCAAGAGGAUCAAUUGGCGGCGCCAAAAAAAUCAACUGAACAGUCAGUGAAUAAAUCUUUACAAAAAUUUAUUACUGAAGGUGUUAUGAAUAAAUUAUUACCGAUACCAAUUAUGAUUGUUGUAACUAAAACCGAUAUGACUGAUAUGCUUGAAAAAGAAUAUGGAUUUAAUGAUGAGAAAUUUGAUUUUAUUCUAUUUCAUCUACGUAAAUUAUGCCUUGAAUAUGGAGCCGCUUUGAUUUAUAUUUCAAUUAAAGAAGAUAUCAAUACAAACAUAUUGGUCAAUUAUAUUAAACAUCGUUUAUUUGAUUUACCAUUGAAAAAUUCUGCAAUGUUAAUUGAUCCGAAAGCAAUUUUUAUACCUGCUGGUUGGGAUAGUUUACAUCGAUUGGAAUUAUUCAAAAAGAAUUUAUCAUCAAAUUUAAUUGAUCGUAGUUAUAAUCAAAUUAUUACAAAACCAUCAAAGUUAAGAAGAAAAACAUCUUGUGUAACUAAAUCAGGUGAUACUACUACGAAUCCAACACAAGAAGAAGUGAAUAUUUUACAAACUAUUGAAGAUGAUCAACAAUUUUUAAAAAGAAUGCAAACAAUGUUAGUGAAUAUGCCAAAUAUGCCGCAAACUGUAACAAGUUCAACAGCAUUAUCAAGCAGUUUAACUGGUACAGCAACAACAACCACAACAUCAGUUGAUUCAACAACAAUAACUAGUCAGUCAAGGGAAUCACCAUUAUUAACUGAAACUCUUUCUUCCUCAUCAUCUGCAUCAAAUCAGUCUAAACCGGGUGCAUCCUCCGACAAAGAAGCUGUAUUAAGUAGCUUUUUCAAUUCAUUAUUAUCACGUAAAAGUUUAACUGAAACAAAUCCAACUAAAUCAAAUGAUAGCAAAUCAUAAAAAAGAACAUGUCAAGCAAUUUUGAAUUUUUUGAUCUAUGGUGAACGGGUUUAUUACAACAACAGGGUUAUGGUUUCAAUUUUCGUUCUGUUAUCAAUCAAUCAAUCACAAAUGUCAGAGUUAAUGAGUUGAAUUUUUAAGAAAAUUAUUAUAUAUACACAUAUAUAUAACACCCAUUUCAACAAGAGAAAGGCAGCUGGAAAGCACACAGUUCAAUCAAUAUUGAUUUUUUUAAUUCCAAGACUGUGAUAAAUUAUUGUUCUUUUGUUCAUAAAAUAAAUGUUUUCAAUAGAAAACUAUAGGAAU